AAUGUGACAUUCUGUAGGGAGCUUCCUACAAGGGGGACUGUGAAACGGAAUCAAGUGAGAGAGCAAAGGCUGCUGGGAAGACGGAUUCACUGAAGAAAACUGCAGAAUACACAUCAGAAGCGAUGGUACAGAAGCUAAAUCAAGAGCUGGAAACUCUAAGGCAUGAGUUCUACCAGUUCCAAAUGAGAGCUGAUGCGGAGAAGAAGUCUGUGGAGCGCCAACUGGCCAAGGCUAAGCAUGACCUGAGUACCAUCCAGGGCCACUGCAAAUCCCAGAGUCAGCGGGUGCAAGCCUUACAAGACACUGUACAGGAUUCAAAUCAAGAAUAUGUCAAUUUUCCACCUGGUUCCUCCAUAUCCAGACCAAUGGCCCUGUCACCUGUGGAGAAACUUCCCUCAAACAAGGGCCCCAUACCAACUCCACGUUCUGUUAGUGUCGACCCCAGCAGAAGAGGAGGAGGUGGAGGUGGACUAGCUGCUCCAGACCCACAUCAACAGAGCCUUAGCAUGCCUCCCAUUCCAGUGAAAGGAGAAGAGGAUGAAGAGGAUAUCUCUCACGGGCUUGAGGAUGACAUUCACAGCAGGGCCCUGGAGGUUGUGGAGACCGGGAGAGAGUUUAGAUUAUUGUGACAGUUUAAAAACAGUACUUACAGGUGUAGCUACCUAUAUAGCAGUGGUUUGCAGGUCUGGCAGUUUGAAAAACACGAGGCUUACACAAUACUGUGAAAAUAAUUUUGUUUCAGU